AUGGGAAUUUUAGACAAAAAGUUCCAGAAAAUACUUCAGCGAGUUAAAAAUAGAUCUUGUCAAGGAUCAAAACGUCGUACUGCUAGCGAUUCUAGUUCAGGAACUGAAAAUAACGAGAGAAAAACUGACGAAAAAAAUUUAACAAAUAAACGAAAUAAUGAGAGGGGAGAUAGAAGUGCAUGCAAUAUUGUAGCGCGCUUGGACAAGUCUACGAAUAUUCUCGUAUCAUUAAAAUCAAUAUAUUUUAAGUUGACAUAUUUCCACGUUAUCUGUGUUGGAGUUAUCUGCGAGUUCUGGAAAUCAGUCACUCCUAAAAUUGCUAAUAUUGAUAAAAUAAGACCAUUAAAUUCCAAAUCAUUAUGUGAGCCUGAAUUUAUCAAAAACAAAGAAUUCUUUCAGUCGAGCCAAAUGAUUAUCUCUGCAAACAGAACUCAAAAAAUUAGGAAUUAUGCUGGUAAAAAUUAUCAUGAAGCAAAUUCAAGAAAUAAGGGAACAGUUGAACUUGAACUGGAAGAAACAGAUUGUUUUUCGGAUCAAACACCUUCUGUAAAAUACAAGCAAAAAUCCAUUGAAUUAGAUAUCUCAGUGGAUGAAUGUGCUACCGAUUCCAGUGGCCGCGAAAGUGGUUAUCUUUCUGACUACUUUGGUAAAUAUUAUCUCUCGCUUAACAAUUCGCCAAAUCUUUCCCCACAGGAAAUUUCAGUUUUGCAGCCAUAUCAUCGGCAAUGCCGGCCAGGACCAUGGUACGUUUUUGAAGGUGAAAAUGAAUGCAAAAAGUGUCUCUCUUGUUAUCAGAUACCACGUUUUCAUACAAAGUCAUAUUUCGAAGAUAUUGAAGCAGAUAUUCCAGAUUAUGAUAUUAGUGCACUUCUAAUUUCACGAAAUAUCCUUCAAACCAAAUAUGUGACAACUAUUUUUGAAUUGUCUAAUGGUGGUAUUCUCGAAUUAGUGAAUGAUUUAAUUAACGAACUUAACUUGUGGUUUAAUGAAGAAAUCAAUCUAAUAGGAAUAGCAUGUGAACUUCAUUGGUCUGUUCCAGAAAAAUUUCGGCAACGAAGUGCUGAAAAGAGAAUGAAGGAUGCACUUCACUUGUCAUUGCGAAAAAACAAUCUUCGUGUUUUGAAUUUAAAAAGCAAAAUUGAUUUGCCAUUAACUUUAAUUUCGGCUGUCACCGAAGAGAAUUGCUUGCGAAAUAAGGAUUUGGGCAGUUUUCAAGGAAUUUAUCGUCGCUUCUAUUCUUCAUUAUUGCCAUUUCAACAUCCCGAAACUGGUAUUUGCCACAAAGAUUACUGGAAUUUGAGUAAAACGAGUAAAGCGCAAAGAGACUUACCGGUACCGAAUGUUGAGCAAUUCAGAUUUGGUAGCAAUCCAGUGAAACUGGAAGCUGGAAGUUUGAUCGCAUUAAAUAUUAUAGCAUUAAGAAUAUCUAUCCUUUAA